CCGCAAACAAAAUAAUGGGAUCUGAUGAAGAUGGAUCAACCUCUGACAAUGAGAAUGAUCGCCAGAAGUUUCUUCAGAUCUUACAUGAACAGAAUCUACGUACCGCGGAAGGACAACUUCGAAGGCAACGGGGACAGCUUGAAACCGCGGAAGGACAACUUCGAAUGCAAAGGGGACAGCUUGAAACCACAGAAGGAGAAAUCCAGAUCAAACAAGCCAAUGUAGCAUACUACGAGAAGAUGGUGGAUCUUCAGAAGGGAGGGUUUAUUCCGCCUGUGGGUAGUCUCCAGGUUCCACUUGGUCUGAAUGUCUCGUCUUUCCCAACAGCAUCCUCGGGAGAUAUUCCUUCACAUAUUGGCGCCCGCAAACCCGAUACCAAACCAUCAAAGGCGCCACCCAAGCUUGACUCUCCCGAUACUGCAUCAAAGAAACCAGCCACUGAUGAAUCUUCUCAAAAGUCGAGCCAAUCGGCCAGAGCCAAAUCUCCCGAUAUUGGAUCAGAGGAAUCGAAGAAGCCAGCCAAGGAAAGAGACCAAUCUUCCAAUAUGGAAGCAGAGCAAUCGGCUCAUGGCAAACAUAACAGAACUGAGAUUGAAAAACCAGUUCCGGACUUGUUCAUUUAGCCAAACCAAACAUGUGUUCCAAGCACCUUCGACCCAAAUCAAGAGUACCGGUGCGUUCUAUUUUGGCUGGUGCUUCUACAUGAUCCAAAG